CACUUCGAUCCUCCUGUUUUCGGUCUUUCAACUUCCGGUGUCAAUCAUGAAGAUUGAACUGUGCGCGUACAGUGGGUUUAAAAUAUACCCAGGGCAUGGAAAACGUAUUGUCAAAGUAGACGGCAGGGUUUUCCAGUUCCUUAAUAGCAAAUGUGAGGCCUCACACAAAAUGAAGAGGAACCCUCGAGAGAUUAACUGGACUGUGCUCUACAGAAGAAAGCACAAGAAGGGAAAUCUGGAAGAGAUCGCUAAGAAGAGGACACGCAGAACCACUAAGUUUACACGUGCUGUCACUGGAUUAUCCCUCGCUGAAAUUAACGCCAGGCGAAACCAGAAGCCAGAAGUCAGGAAGGCCCAAAGGGAACAGGCCAUCAGAGCUGCUAAAGAGAAACAAAAGGCAAAGGAUGCCCUCAAGAAGCAACAGAAGACUCAGGCAGCCAGAACUGCUCAGCCCAAGAUGAAGCCCACACAGAAAGGUGCUGCACCGAAACCAAGAGUGGGAGGGAAACGUUAAUAUCUAUACCAAUAAAUAAAAAAAAUACUUCUGGUA